AUGCCUGAAUCUGCGGCGAAUUCACAUUCGCGCGUUGAUCCCCCGCAUGCUCCAGCACCCGCUUCAUUUUCUGCCCCUCCCUCGAACAACCAUGCACCCGCCGCCGCAGACUCUGGCGCACUCCCACCAGCGUUGACGCCUGCUACGACGACUAGGCAAUCUGUCGCGCUAGGCGUCUUCUCCACGCUCUGGGGCACCGCUUCCUCGUCUGGGCCCGCCGCUCACGGCAAUUCGCUGCGCAGCGCGGUGCCGACCAUCACCACCCACGAGCCGUUCUUCAAUGCACACGAAGGGCCGUCCGACCUUGCAGAAAGCACAGGCUCGGUGCCCAGUGCGACGACGACGUUGACGAACACGCUUCCUCCAACACAGUCGGCCGCUCUCCGCGCCCUCAAUGCUCCUGCCUUUCAUUCAUCACCUGCGAAGAGCAAGUCCGCAAAAUCCACGUCCAGCCGCACCACCGUCACGAGCCAGCCCGUCGUAGUCCGCACAUACUCGGGGUCUCGACACACAUCAAGACCAGCGUCUGGCUUCAACACACCCCGAUCGCUCGCCAUGAGCGGCCUCCCAAACGCCUCGAACCUGUCAGCCGGCCUGGCAGCGGGCAGAAGCGAGCAGUUGCCCUCGGCAGAAGACUUUUCCUUCUCCGCCAUCCUUCGCGCCGUCGACCCUGAGAUUAGAGAUGCCAUUGACGCCAUCGCUGAGAUUUGCGCACGGAGUCGCAUGAGCCUAGCAGACGAGUACGACUCGCACCUCCCACCGCAGGGCGAGAUCACCGGCGCAGGUCCUGGUGGGUGGGCUGCGAGUACGGGAGCUCUAGUAGGACGGGGCCGCUUGUCACGGAUCAACCAGGGCUGGGCGACGGAGAACACGCUGAUGGCUGUUCCGGAAGCAAGCAGCAGUAGCGAGAGGCUUGCUCAGGAGAAAGUGAGCAGCAGCAAGAAGAGAAGCCAGUCCGCAUAUGGCAGCUUGAAGAGCGUCAUCAGUGGUGGCAGCGGAAAGAGGAAAGCCGUUGAUGGCGAUACCUUCCGCGACCAGGAAGCUGGCCAGACCAAGCCUCAAGGGCCUGCAUGGGCAAUACCUGCGUCCUCGUCUUCCUCGAACCACCCGGCCAUCACACUCAUCGCGUCCCCGACAGCUUCGAAGCAUCUGUCCGUUGCCGGCUAUGCCUCGGCGAAGCUCCGGACAUGGAAGAGGACCGUCCACUAUCAGUCUCUCAACCUCAAGGAUGCGUUCCGGGACACUUUCUUCAAUCACAUCGUGGCUACCAUGGCCUCGGCCAUCAGACCUCACCUCUGGAAGUCAGCAGGACAUGACUAG